AUGGUGGCCAGAGGGUCCAUAGAGAGGCUGCUGCUUGCUUUGGUAGGUCUGUGGGGCUGUUGCUUUGUAAGGGCUGGUGCAGAUUUCCCUAGGAGCUCCUCUCGAUGCACAUUCAUUCCAAGAAGCAUGACUCUAUGCUAUGAUAUUGGCUAUUCUGAAAUGCGAAUCCCCAACCUGCUGGAACAUGAAACCAUGGCUGAAGUGAUCCAGCAGUCCUCCAGCUGGCUGCCAUUGCUGGCCAGGGAAUGUCACCCAGAUGCCCGAAUCUUUCUCUGCUCACUCUUUGCACCGAUUUGCCUGGACAGGAUCAUCUACCCCUGCCGAAGUCUCUGUGAGAGUGUUCGGGACAGCUGUGCCCCCAUCAUGGCUUGUUACGGAUACCCCUGGCCCCAGAUCCUCCAGUGUGAUCACUUCCCUGCAGAUCACAGUCUGUGUAUCUCUGCAAUCACCGACGAGAUGAGCGUGAGCAGGAGAAUUCCUCGAGCCAGCUGCCGGGACUGUGAAUUGGAAGAUGCAAGCUCCCCAAAAGAGGUUCUGGAUACCUUCUGUACCAAUGAUUUUGCUGUGAAGAUCCACAUCUCCCGGAAGAACUGGACCUCAUCCAGCAUCUUUGACUAUGAUAUGGACUCCCGGCUGGAGGUGCUGAAGCAUGGGCCCCUGCUGCCAACAGAGGUCCACCCCAGACUGAAGCAGUGGCUGGAGUGGGAUGCUACCUGUGUGCACAACCUCAUGCGGGGCACUCACACAGGGGCCUACAUAAUCAGUGGGGAGGUCCAGGGCAGUCGAGUGGUAGUUAACAAGGCUUAUGCCUGGAACAAGAGGAACCGGAACCUGCAUCUUGCACUCAGAAAAUGGAAGCACCACCGGUGCAGAGAGUAGGGCAGCCUCCUGGCAGAAGAAAAGUGUGAAGUCAGGUGCCUCCCUCAUCCUGGGACAACAGCAUACCUUCUCAGACUAAGGACUCUGACUGGAAAGCCAAAACUCUGGCAGGGAAGUUAUCUUACUUAGAUUCCUAGUAACUGAUUAUCCAAGAGGAAAAUGACUUGUUGACCUAGCCCUUGUCCAUAAUGUACACUGGGAGAUGUGACGCAAUCCUCAUCCUGUCCUACUGUACUCAGACUCUGCAUUUCAAACACAUGCAGGUAUGAUGGAAGACAGACUGUUCCCAGACAGAAGCACAGAAGUACAUUAAGUGAUAAGCUAGCUGGUCUUCCAACUGACAUAAGAUGAAUGGACAUUUCAGAUGAAGUAGAAGGAAACAAAGUAAAAGGCUGAUGAGUGUGAUCCCUUGGCACUAGGUAUGAUGCUAAAGUGGAUGCUGGGAAGGGGCCAAGCUUCCUAACAAUGCAACAGAUACCUUCCCUGCUCAAUUCCUCCCACUGCGCUGCUGCCUCCCAGAUAUCUGCUCCCAGAAUCCUUUGUGGGCCCCCACCUUCAAAAGCCUAUUGUUACCCACAUUUCUUCACUGGAAGAGCAAGAUGGCUCUGAAAGUAGAGAGAAGAGAAGUGGUAACUCUGGCCCUACUGAGCUCUGUCCCUGACAACCUACUGUCUGCUGGCUGUGCAUUUUCUUGAAAUCUGAGAGCAUUUUGAAAAGAUCUCCAUGUCUAUCCCACUCAGUGCUCUACAAUCUGAACAUACUACAAACACUUCAGAAAGGGCCCCAGAGAUUUACUUGGUAGAUCUUUCUGAAGCCAGAAUCAAUAUACCAGGCUCACCAAAUCAGGAUAUAGUCUUCUUGAACUUUGCUGAGCCUAAGGCUCUUAUUGGAAACACUUCUAAAAAGACCUCUGGGAUAGUCAAGACUUCCACGUACACAUCUAGGGUAAGCUGCUUAAAACCUAAACUAAUAUUCACCCGUAAAAUCUAAGUCUGUUACUUUUAGGUCUCUAGGAUUUAUUAUGAACACAUUCUUCUCAUGAUAUAUGUCAAACUGUCUCUGUUUAAACUAGAGGGAGGGAAAGAGAAAGGAGGAGAGAGAGAGAGAUCUGGCAAUCUUGUAAUAAGCCAAACACGAUUUUUAAAAUAAAUAUUUCUUGUACAUUAGUGAUAAUUAUCUUCAAUAUUUAGGAAAAUAAAAAAUAAAAACAUGACCCAAUGAGAAAGACAUUCAACAUGCUCCAGCAGAAAAUUUGGUCAAGGGUCCUUGGUAUUCAAAGGAUAUUGGAACAGGAAAGGCAUGUAAAGGGUAACAAAUCCCUCAUAAGAAACCCAGCCAAAGUACAUGAGAUGGCAUAGGACUGAUGGCACCAGAUUGAUAAAUAUUAAGCUGCUGCUCAGAGAAAGAGGCCUAUACCUUUCAAACAGAAUUUUAGAGGGCCAAGCAUGAUUAAUUUUACUUCUAUUUCUGAAAUGUCUAAAAGGGGGAAAAAACUCUUUAACACCAGGAAAAUGUAAAUAUUAACCCUCUGAGUAUUUAUUGAGUGCCUAUCAGUGCCAUGGGUCCUGUAAAUCAUAAGAUAACAACCCUUCCUCAUAAGGAACUGAUCAACUGAAGCAGGAGGAGGAAAGAUUUGGCCAGCUACACUGGGGUUCAGGCUUUGAUAACAGUGUGAGAUAGAAAAGGAGGAUCUGAGGGCUAAAAUAAAACAAUGUUCUUGCAAUGGUGAGAGUUCUUAGAUCACGUAAACUCUUCUCAGGGAAGUGGUGGCAGAAUUGGGGCAUAGUGGAAAUAGUUAGACUUGCAGUAAUAUGUCUCAAUUUGAGCCCCUUAGUAGCUAUAUGACCUGGGGCAAAUCAUUUUACUGCUCUGACUCAGUUUCCUUUUCUAUAAAAUAAGGACAAUACUACUCACAUUACUGAUAUCACAACAUUGCUGUGGAGGUCAAAUGAGAUAGUGUAUGCAAAGCACAUAUGAACCUUGAAGUGCCAUAUAAAUGUUGACUUUUAUAUCAUUCUUUGGAAACAGCAAGAGGUGAGGCCCUGGGCACAUUCCAAGAUAGCUACCUGAUCAACUAUCUUGUUUCCUCUCUUUGGGAUUUACCAUAUUUGGGAUACUGACAUAGCUCUCUGAUUCACUGAACAAGUCCUCCCUGUUUCCAUUUUAUUUCAAUAUCAGCAUUACUAGAAAGAAGAACCUAGUUGCCUAGCAUUCUGGGAGAUUUGGGGCUGAGAGUAGCAGGGAGGGAAAAAACUGAAGAGCCAAACUCCAUCACUGCCAUCAAUGGGGCAUUGGAUAUGUGGCUCAAGCUCAUCCUCUCCUCCUGUCUCUUUUUACUGCUGAUAAUGUAUCCACAAAAGGCCAAUAAAGGAUGGGCUCAGGUGCUUCCUGAUACCAGGUUCCAGGUUAUUAGGAGUUUCCACAAAAACAUCACUUAGCUGUGGCCAAGAAACCACCACUUAGAGCAGAACCAGGAGAACAUUGUACGUAGAAACAGCAACACUG